AUGCAACCAUUGGAUCAUAUCAGGUAAAAUCACUUACACAAGACUGUUUAACUCAAGGUGUGUGUGUCAUUUUUUGUUGUUAAUAAUUGUUUUGGUUGAUUAUUCAUUAAUUUUGUUGCAGAGAUUACUUUGGAGAGAAAAUUGGAAUCUACUUUGCUUGGUUAGGUAAAUAUAAUUAAUGACUUCAAAUUUCAUGUGCACUCUGAUUGAAGUAAGUUAUUGUUUCAGCUGUUUAAUCAUGGCUGCAUAUAAUUUUUAUUUUUUGGAAGAACACAUAUUAAAGGCUAUGACUGUAUUCUAGUCAGCCAAUGAGACUCAAGGACAUUGCACAAUGCAUGAAGUUUGGAUGUCAAUGAGGAAAACAGUGUCAUCAAACAAAUGUUACUCUCUUGGCUGUUUGACAGGUUUCUACACAUGGAUGUUGCUCCCAGCAGCCAUCAUGGGCCUUGUUUGUGUGAUUUAUGGACUUGUCAGACUGGAGUCUUAUAUUCCUGUGUAAGUGAUGAGUUUGGCAAGGCCUAUAUGUGCAUUCUAUCAUAUGCAAAGGCCUUAUAUUCAUAUCAGCCGUGAAAUGGGCUCAUUGAGGACUGGGAAUCUUAAAGUAUUAUUUAAAGUUGUCGUGAAAUGGAACAAAAGAAAAAUAUACUUGGUGAUACAUUCACAUGACUGUGCUAUUUUACAUAACUUUCACUAUAAUGUUCAUCCAGUGUUUACUAUUACUGCCAGUGGUAAGCGUUAACAGUAUUGCAAUCACUGGUUUUAUACUGAAAAAACGCAAGUCAGAGAACCAACUUUUUUUUAUUUUUGUGUAAAGGUGGCUUUCAGACAAGUAAAACCAACUGUAUGUAUGUAUCUUUUGCUUUAGGAAAGACAUCUGUGAUACGUCUAAGAACUUUCCCAUGUGCCCUCGCUGUGACAAACGCUGUCCCUACUGGUCUUUAUCGGACACAUGCAUCUAUUCAAAGGUGACUUAAAGAACAUUUUCACCUCUUACUUCAAGUUCCUUCCUUUCUUCUUCCUCGACUUCUUUGCUAAACUUUUUUAAAGGUCGCUAUUUGGCGACUUAACCAAAUUUGUCAUUCUCUUCACAGUCAACCAUACAAUUCUUAUAUUGUUUGUUCAGAGAAUUUAGUAUUGGAACAACUAGUUAUCCCCAAAUUGAUAUUUUUCUUUAUUAUUAUCACUUAUCUGGUUGAUAUUAUAUUGAUAUUGUAAGGAAAAAUUCUGUCUUGGUCACUCAUGGGAGUUAAAGGGUUAAAAUCACGAAAUGUUUGCCAGAAAUGGAGAAAGAAAAGAAGAAAGCAGAGAAAGAAAUUUUGUGCAACAUUGAACUUAAGCACCACAGUUUCUUCCUGCUGACCAUGAUGACUAAAUGACCGCAGUGUGAGGCCUUGUGUCCCAUUAAUAAUUGAUGUAGCCCCUUGUUAAAGGGGCUACACGUAGCAUAAACCAUGAAUUUGGAGACAAUUCAUAAUAAUUAACACAUUAUUUUGCUGGGAAAUAUUCAUCUUUGUAGUUCGUUUUUCAGAAGUUAUCUAUCUAGUUUUAUCGUCUACAUGUACUAAUGCCCUCUUUGAUUCUCUUCAGGUGGCUUAUGUUUUUGACAAUGAGUUUACUGUGGUUUUUGCCAUUUUUAUGUCGAUUUGGGGUGAGACCUUUUUUUAUUUUUAAGAAUAAUUGCUUGUGUAGUAAACUGUGUCAGACCCCGAGGCUCUAUUGUUGACAGCUGUACAAAUCAUAAAUGGCUAGCACGUGGAACCUUAAGUCUAAAUGUUUAAGCCCUGGUGUGGUCAUUAUAUUGAGUUGUUGGGCGAGAUGAUUCACUCUGAGAAUGCUUCUCUCCAUCCGGGCGUAUAUACAUAUUGGCAACGCUGAAUAGUCAAAGAAACUUGACAGAAUGUUUGGGCAACUUGUACUGAACCAUCCCGUUCAAGAGUUGAAAAAAUAGCUAAUGGAUUGAUUACCGAACAUUUCAUAAAUAGGAUCAUUUUGUCUGUGACUUUCACAGAAAGGAAACUUUGAUUUUCUUUCAGGGUCGUAAUGUUAAUGCAAUACUUUGCUGAUGAUCAUGUGUGUAUUUGUUACACAGCCAUCAUGUUUCUUGAGUUUUGGAAGAGGCGGCAGGCAGAGAUUGCUUACGAAUGGGAUCUAUUGGGAUAUGAGGACGAAGAGGUACGAUAUUAAUUAAUCAAUCAAUGUAUUUAUUUAUGACUUCUGUUAAUUAUUUGUAAGAAGGCAAAGAUUAGGCUUGCCAAGGUAAGCUUAUGCCGUUUAGGAUUUAUCCAGGAACAAAAAACCACACUACUUACUUCUCCGUGUCGAUUUUUCUUUCGUUUUGUGAAUGGUGCUUUAAAUGUAAACGUUUUUGUUGAUCUUGUUGCAUGUUAUAAGCAAUUAAUAUUAAUCUCACGAAUCUCUGAACUGUGUUCGUUUGAACUCAAGGUACAGUUUAUUACUUAAAAAGACUCGCAAAAACUUGACCGUCAAUCCUGUUCAGUGUGUUUUUCAUUUGACCAUCUUUCCAUAAAUGUACAAGCUCCAAUUCAUUAUUCUGUUUUAGGAACAACCUCGUCCCGAGUACGAGGCAGUAGCGAUGGAGACCCGUUUGAACCCCAUCACGAAAGUGGAAGAGCCUUUCAUAUCGCUUGGGAGGAAAGUGCCCAGAUUUAUUUGUAGUUUCAGUUUCAUCAUCUUCAUGGUAAGAACUGGAUAAUGUUUAAUAAGGCUCAAUGUGAUUUUGGCCAGGUUUAAACCGAGAUAAUGCAGCAGUUUCACCAGAGCCUCCCAAGGGCAUUGAUGUGCAUUACUACCUUACUGCUUUGUUUCCUUCCUUCCUUCCCUCUUUCCCUCGCCCCCUCCCUCUUUUGGGUGAGUGUCCAUUCCGCGCACCGGUUUGUUGGUGUUGCGUUGACAGGUGCCUGGAGGUUGGCUGCGGCUUGAUUGCUGGGAGAUUGCUUCCCUCCUAUGGUGUCAACUGUUCGCAUCCACCCACCCACCCACCCACCACCUUGAUACUAUUGGGCAUUGCUACUUGGACGAGGCGAAACGCUCAUAUUACUGCAACAAUUAAACCUUUUCAAAUCUAGAUUUACCUGAAUUCUGUAGCCCCGGCGUCUUUUGCAAGCUAGUUAUAACCGACAGAAAAACUGACUUUUGGUCACCGGUAUGGCUCGUAGUGUUUUAAAAGAGGAUAAGAGGUGCAACAGCGAAGUUCUGAAUUUUGAUCUAUAGUAUUAUGGUCUUUGUAUCGCAGCUGGCGCUUGUCGUCAUCGCCGUGUUUGCUGUUGUAGUAUACCGUGUUGCAGUAUACGCGGUGUUAGCCGCAAGCAGCGACUACAACAUGGGAGCUGUAAACAUGGCCACGUCCGGCACUGCAGCUCUCCUAAAUCUCAUUACCAUCAUGCUCCUCAACAAGGUACCCGCAUAAACUUAUCUUUUUCUAUGGAGACGGUACACAACUAGUAAACAUCUUGAGGUAAAUUUUUGUUGUCUGCCCUCUCAUGUAGAUGUUCGUUUGCGACUGUUACACAGCAAUGGUUCCUACUUGAAUGUGUAGAUAUUAGUUAACCCUUUAACUCCCAGAAGUGAUGAACAUGUAACCUCUCAAUCAGACCUUGGGAGUUAGAGGAUUAACAGUAGAAGUUCAGCGGAUGGUUUUAUACCUUGGAGUAACAACUGAUCAUUUAGUGUGAUCCUCUGGUGACUUCUUUUUGUUAAUUACAUUAUUUUAUCUCCAGGUUUACGAAAAACUUGCUGAGAUUUUGACACGAUGGGGUACGUGUGUAGAAAAUGAAUUCAGUGAACUUCAUUCAUGCUUUAAGCUAUUAACCACUUUACUGAUAUUGAAUCAUCAGUGCAUCCGAUCUUUCAACUGACCUUAACCGUACUACUGUACUCGUGCACGUUGUGGUCAUUACACAUUACAUAAGAAUUUUUAAAUUUAAAAUUAGUAGCCGAAUCCUUCCGUACCUCUAAACUGCAUUGGCAUGCGGCGUCGAAAGCUAACAAAGUAGGAGGCAAUGAGGAUAGGGUUAAAUUCAUCAUCUGUUUUUAUUUCAGAGAUGCCUCGCACCCAGACGGAGCUUGAAGACAUCUUUUCAUUUAAGAUGUACCUUUUCCAGUUUGUGAACUUCUAUUCGUCACUCUUUUUAUAUUGCGUUUUUUUUAAACUCAGGUGAGUUUAUGUCAUGAGUAAUCUAAUAGCAACAAUGGGAAAAAAGUUACUUAGAGUUCUCCUAAGAAAGAAAACUCAAAAUCGUAGACAUUUUCGAUUGUCUGGGAUGACUGACGACAAAUCGGUUAAAUCGAGAGCGCUUUUUUUUUACUGACGCAACCCAGAUUUUUGCGAUGAUCCGCGAUUACUGAAGGUUAAUGAAAACUCCUAUUUUGAACUGUCGUUAGUUUUAAUUUGCUACCAUUCCUUGGCUUCUGUAGCCUCGAGUCCCAAAUGAAGUGGUGUCUGUUCUAUUUUUCGCCAACCAUCUGACAAUCGGAAUGUCUACGAUUUCAAGUUUCAUUAAUUAGAAAACUCUGGAAUCAUCGAGAAAUAUUGAAAUCACCGACUAUCCGGGAUUUUUCCCGCCAGCCUUAAGUGUCAUUGUUUUUCUCACGAUUUAGGCUCUUCGAAUGACAUGCAGAUCGUGAUCUUCCCUCACCCAUUUGCUGUUGCACGGUUCUGCUGUUGUCUUGUUUCUUUGUGAUGCUGUGUUGUGAUACUGACGAUCAAAACAACAACAGGAGAGCCGUGUUACAGCGAAUCUUCGAAACGCGCUAAGCUGUUGAGAAACAGCCCACCAAAUAAAAAGGUGACAUCUUCAGAAAAAUAGUUUUCACAAAAUUACCAGUAGGAACUUUUAUCUAUUUACAUAGAAGCGUUAAACACAUUAAAAAUUGUUUGGCAUCACAGCGGUAGAAUGAACGUAUUGAAUCAUAUUUUGAGAAUAUUUUCAACUGACAAUUAUAAGUUAUCUGUUUAGGGUGAGACAGAUUUUUUAUGCAUAAUUUUAAAAAUGGUAAUGAACAGACCUACGGGGACAACAAUUUUCGUCCCUCUGGAAGAAAGAACUGCGCUGACAAAAAAAAAUUUUUGUUUUCAGCCCUGGAAGGCCAGCAGAAUUUAACAGGAUAUUUGGUUUUCGACAAGAAGAGGUAAGAAAAAGUAUUCGAUGUGUUAAGUUUUUUUUUUGUGACAGUUUAGGUAUUUAAAGCUGCAUUGGGUUAAUCAGACGGUACUGUCGUCAAAAAUUUGCGAGAAAAGGAAGGAAAGAUCGUCUUUAGACAUUGUUUGUAAUUGAAGUAAAUAAUGUUUUUCGCCUUUGGUCCCAUUAGUUGGACCAGUUUAAAAAGGACGCGUUUGAUUAGAAUUUAUAUCGUAAGGAUGUAUGUGUUGUUCGUUAAAUUUGACAAUGCAAGGUUUGCCGACUUUGAAAUAGUUGCUUUAACAAUUUGAAUCUUAUUUUUGACUUUUUUUACCUCCUUUGGACAAUAUUAGUUCAUUUCAAUCAGAAAAUAGAAAGUAAAAUAAGGCAUAAAAGUAACUGAAAAUAUCUUUCAAACAUAGAGCAGUUGUAAAGGAGAAUUCUGAGUUCAUUUUCAUGUUGUUCUGGCAGUGUAAUCCGGCAGGUUGUUUAUUUGAGCUCCUGGUCCAGCUGGCAGUUAUCAUGGUUGGAAAGCAGAUCUUCAAUAAUUUUAUUGAAAUAAUCGUCCCGUAAGUAGCCCGUAAAGAGAUGAGGUACAUUUUAACGUUCCCGCUUUUGAGACUUCGUUGGACUUAAGGCAGGUUUUAGAAAAUAACACAUUUAUGGACAUUUACGUAUUCUAAUGUAAUAACAGUUUACUGUUAACUAGGAGUAUUUACGUUCUGCUCGAUAUACUUGGACUGUUUUGCAAUACGACAUACAUAAAGGUGUAAUAGCUUAUUGGAGAAGCACAUUUAUAGCGUAAGUGAAACACAGGUAAAGUAAUCAGAAAACCGGAAUCGCUGAAAAAAAAAAUCAGGGAAUGUAUUUGUAUAGGUAAUCACAUGAUUUCGAGUGCAAUUUGGAAUAAAUAAGCACGAGUAAAUUUUUUCAAAGACUAACAAAAUUGCACGAGCCCGUAGGGCGAGUGCAAUUUGUGGUCUUUGAAAAAAUUAACAAGUGCUUAUUUAUUCCAAAUUGCACGAGAAAAAUCAUGGGAUUACGUGUUAAUAAUUGACAUGAAAAAAUACGAGAUGGCUUAUCAUAAUUAAGCAGAAGCAAAGCGCGCGCAUCACGAGCAAAAAUAAUUUAUUCAAACCGUGCGUUCGGUCAAAACAACAAUGUACGAUCAAAACAAUAAUAUGCGAUGAUAUCUUCACAUCUUUAAGGCGCAAAAAAGUUCAAAGUCCGGCUAAACAGUUCAAGGAAUUGUUCAGUCUGUGUCCGAAUCACUUUCGAUGAAAUGGAAUCGUCGUUUUCGAGGUUUAACCAUGUUUGUUUUUAAUUUCGGCGUUGGAUCGCUCGAGCAAAGUGUUAAGCUAGGUCGGCUUGUAAUUUUUUAUUUCCUUGGCAAUUCCCUUCUCUAAAAACCACUUUUUCCAGACCGAAACCAAAACAGUGCUUUUUACAGUGUUUUGGUUGUCUGAGCUGUUUUCAGCUGCGGUGGCGAAAGAAAACCUACUUAAAAAGCAGGCUAUUGUUUCGCUCGCAAAUUUUCAAAUUUUCAAAUUUUGUUGCGACAUCGAAGGCUCUCAUUUGACUGGCUAUCUAUGAGUUUCUUUGAUUAUUGACCAAUCAGAAUGUUUGAUUUGUUACUUUAUUUGCACUGAAUUAACCCUCUUCUGCACUGAAUUAACUCUCUUCUGCACUGAAUUACCUGAAAACUGCAUUUAUCUUGUCCAAUCAGAACUGAGAAAUUUUUCCAUGUAUAUUAUUAUUGUGGGAACAUGCUCCAAACACAUUUUACAGUGAAAUAAUACUUUUAAUUGUUUAGUCCUGUAAAACAGUAUUUCACAGGCCAAGUCACUCAUUCUGCGAACGUUUUGGAUUAAUAAUAUUUUGACUCAAAUUUCAAAUGAGUGGGAUGAUCAUUUGGGUAAGCACUCCUAUUUUUUCAUCAUCAUCAUCAUCACCACCACCACCACCACCACCACCACCAUCAUCAUCAUCAUCAUCAUCAUCAUCAUCAUCUUCAUUAUUAUUAUUAUUAUUAUUAUUAUUGCUGUAGUUGAUAUCGUCACCAUUAUUAUUAUUAUUAUUAUUAUUAUUAUUAUCACUAUGGUCUCUUUUAUUCCUGAAAAUAGAGGAUAUUACAUGGCCGCGCGAAGAUAAUUAAUUCUGUUCGAGUGUUGGGAAACAUUUCACGAGUGAGCGAAACGAACGAGAGAAAUAUUUUUCAACGCGUGAAGAGAAAUUUCGUAGCUCCAAGCGGCCUUGUAAUAGUAUAAUCAUAGUAUCGGUAUUGUUUCCACGUGUAAAGAGAAACAUGUUAUCUUCACGUAUGAAGAUAUCAUGUUUUCGCGCGAAAACUCACUUGGUAUUUGACUGAGGUUUAUAUUAUUAUUAUAAUUAUUUUCCACAGAAAGCUUCAGAACUGGUGGAGACGCCGUCAGAAUAUUGAAACCCCCGACUUGACCGAAUACACACGUUGGGAACUGGACUAUGACUUGACUCAGUAUCCCGUGCACGGGUUGUUUUAUGAAUACCUUGAGAUGGGUAAGAACUGCGCAGCUUGUACGGUUGAGCGAAGGAGAUGGUUGAGAUUUUACCGGUUAUAAACUCUGUUUGUUUUUUUUUUUGUUUUUGUUUUUUUUUUUUUUGUUUUUCCAGUGAUCCAGUAUGGCUUUGUGACACUAUUUGUGGCCGCCUUCCCACUUGGACCGUUCUUUUGCCCUCAUCAAUAA